AAAAAAACAUUUGUACUUUUAUCUGCAGGAAACAGAAGAAGGGAGCAAAGCUCGCUGGACUAGCCGAGCAGCACGUCAUCGUCUCCGGCGUUGGACUGGCUGUCGAGUCGCAUGGAGAAGAGGUAUGAAGAGCUGGUGCACUACUCGGGGUCGGAGGGCAUGUCGUUGGGGGGGUACGGGGACGACGUCAGGCCCCUUCCUCCCCCACACUACGGACCCACCAUCCCCGACUCGCUCAAACACCACAAAGACCAGAUCUACGGUCACCCUCUGUUUCCACUACUGGCCUUAGUGUUUGAAAAGUGCGAGCUCGCCACCUGCUCCCCUCGAGACCCCGCCCCCCUCUCAGCCACCUCCCACCUCCCCGGCAUGACCAACCACAGCGACGUCUGCUCCUCCGAAUCCUUCAACGACGACAUCGCCGCGUUUGCCAAGCAGAUCAGAUCAGAGAAGCCGAUAUUUUCUUCCAAUCCCGAGCUCGACAACUUGAUGAUCCAGGCCAUUCAGGUUCUUCGCUUUCACUUGCUGGAGCUGGAGAAGGUGCACGACCUCUGUGAUAACUUCUGCCAUCGCUACAUCACCUGUCUGAAGGGCAAGAUGCCCACGGACCUCAUCCUGGAUGACCGGGAGGGCGGCUCCAAGUCCGACAUGGAGGACUUCGCCGGAUCCUGCACCAGUCUGUCGGAGCAGAACGCGUCAUGGUUACGGGAGCCGGAUGAAUGUGCCACUACUCCACUGGGAACGCCGGGUACCUGCGGCCUGCCGUCACACAGCACAUUAGACAACGGUAGCGACACAGGCGACGGGCUGGACGGGGGAGGGGCCUCCCCCAGCACGGGGGACGACGACGACUCCGACAGGGACCGGAGGAACAACAAGAAGAGGGGCAUCUUCCCCAAAGUGGCCACCAACAUCAUGCGAGCGUGGCUCUUCCAGCACCUGUCGCACCCGUACCCGUCCGAGGAGCAGAAGAAGCAGCUGUCCCUGGACACGGGGCUGACCAUCCUACAGGUCAACAACUGGUUCAUCAACGCCAGGAGGAGAAUAGUUCAGCCGAUGAUUGACCAGUCGAAUCGCUCAGGUCAGGGUGGUCCUUACAGCCCGGAGGGGGCGGCUCUCGGGGGCUACGGCCUCGACGGACAGGCUCACCUGGGGCUCCGAGCAGGCCUCCAGGGGAUGUCCUCCCUGCAGGGCGACUACCCCGGCGCUCUGCUCCCCCAGCCGGGCUACCCCCACCACCCGGGUCCCUCCCUCCACCCGUACCCGGGCCCCCACCCCCACCCGGCCAUGCUGCUCCACCCGCCGCCACACGCACACCCCGCAGAGCCGCUCCUCGCCCAGGGACUGGACAUACACGCACACUAGUGGUCGGAUGGGGUGGGGGAGUCGCAGCGCGUUUGUGGGGGUAAAUUACUUGAU